GCUGCUUGGGUAUGUUGUGCUGUGCUAACGAUAUAAAAUAAAAUUAAUGACCGAAUACACCAAGAAAAUUUUUAUUUAUAUAAAAUAAUAACUUUGGAUUCUUCCUCCAUAAUUUCACCAGCAGCUCCAUCUGAUUUUGACCUUGGUCGUUCACGUGGAACCUCUAUGUGCUUUGUGUUAUAAACCUUCCUUACAUUCUGCUAUCGCACGAUAUAAGGUUCUUCGCGACACCUUUUGAUUUUCAAAAAGUGUUGAACUAUUUGAGCUUUAGGCAUCUGUCCAACUAAAUUAUAAGCCAUUGCGAUGCAGUUUCGAAUAACUGACAAAUUAUUGAGUGGCUUUUGUUUACAAAGCCAAUCCAAUAUUUGUAUUUUUUUGCCAUAGAGUUACCAUUUGUGCCAAAACUUUUUGACAAAGAGUCUGCUAGGUGCAUAUCUUUACCAGGUUUGUUUUUCAUCAUGUUUUAUUAUAAAUUGACUUGGAAGGCUAUUGUUAUUUUGCUAAGGUUUAAAUUUAUUGUAAUCUCGAGUUCACAUGGUAAUAAAAUCCAGUUGUAGUACUAUUCCGGUCAAAAUAUAAGGGAAUUGGUAUCAGCAGCUUAAAAAUAAGUAAGUACUUUACACUGGAAAGAAAUUAUUAAGAUCCGCAUUAUAGAUAUCUAAUUUUCAGUACAAAAUGAAAAAUGCCUAGUAAUAAUUUAUAUUUUUCAAAGGAAAAUCUCAAUUUUAUAUCUAUUAUCUAUAAUCUGCAAUUCUCAGAAAAAGUAGGUACGUAUUUAUUUAUACCACUAAAAAAAAAAACAACUUUUUUCUAAAUAGGCAUAUUCUUAUCACACUUUCUGUUUAGGUGACUAUUUUAUAAAAUAAGCUGACUGUAUUAAAAUUUAAUAAAGCAGUCCAAGUUAAUAACCAGACUUGAUAUAUUUUUGAUUCUUUCUAAAUUUUGAAAUUGUAUAUUAAUUUCAAUCAGAAGUAUAUUUGUAUUCUGCAAGAUUCAAGAUAAAAGGUUUUUGAAUUGUACGAUAUGUGGCGACCAUGACAACAAGAUCACCCAUCAACAAGUCAGUUUGCAGAUUGGGUAGAUGUUCUACUAUUUCGCAAAAUAUAAGUUACAUAGUUAAACUCAAAAGGCAACAUUUACCAGAAGACGCUAAAAAUGUUAUUUUAACUGGUUUUAACCGGCUUUGUAGUCGAGGAAUGCCCUCAAAAGAUGCUAUCAAGGAAACAGUGUUUCUAACAAAUAGGUACUCCUCAGGCUACAGUAUACAAAAUCAUAAAACUAGAUCCGGCAAGGCAAUAAAUUCAGGCAAUUCCAUACUAAUCAAUUCACAUCAGUUAGCGCCAAUAUGUGAAACAAUUACAGUAUGUACAUACUAAACAUCAUGCCAAAUCUUGGAGGUAUUCUAGCAGAAUUAAAAAAGAAACAUGUCCUUGAGGUUUGUUCUUGGAAGAAUUAAAAAAAAAACAUGGUUUUCGAUAUAAAAAGUGAGUAAAAGACAAACAAUAAUGGAAUCUAGUCGUUUAGUAAAGUUAAAAACGAAUAUAUAUCGAAAAUUUUGGAGUAUCGCAAUAAAAGAAGGCGAUACUGUUCGUGAAGCCUGGACAAAUGAUAGUUGGAAAUGUAAAACGGUAGUUCCCCAUUCUCGAGGUAAACACAUUUGCAUACUACACUACGAUAGAGAAGAUGACUGGGUAAAUGAUGCAUUAUUGUUAAGCUCAAAACACAUUAAAGAUAACUCUUUAGAUUAUCACCAAGCUAUCGAAGGAAAUCUUUUUGAGUCUUGGUUCAAAGAAAAAUUUGUAAGAUUCCAACCAAAUGUUCUACCAAAGAAGACAUCAAAAAAUGUUUAAUUGAAGAGGAUUUAUAUUUUGAAGAGCAUUAUACGAAGGCCCAAAAAUGGUCAUAAUGUGUUAAGAUUACCCCCUUACUACUGUGUUUUGAACCCGAUUGAACUAUUAUGGACCCAACUUAAAAAACAAGUAAAAAUAAAUAAUACUUUACCAAAAAAGCCCAACAGCGUUGUAAAACUUAUAAUGAAAAAGUUCUCAAUUAUUACCUCUGAGAACUGGAGAAAGGCUAUAAACCAUGUAAUAAAGGUUGAAAACGAAUAUAUGCCGCAUACAAACAUAAUUGUUCUAUUAAUUUUUAAGAAUUCAUAAAUAAAAAAUUAAAUCAGUAAAUCCUUUUGAUUUUAAAUUAUAUUUGCUUGUUAAAGUACAACUCUGUACAGGUAUCAGUAGUAUCAGCAGGCAAAAACAAAUAAUGAUUUUAACUGACAAAAAAUUUUACACUAUAUCUUGACGGGUAUAAUAUUUAGUCUUUGUAUUCUUUAAAUUUUAAAUCUGUUUUAUCUGAUUCGUUUUUGCUUUAUCUUUGGCACUAUCUAAUGCGUAUUUUGUUAUCGAAAUAUUGCGUAAUGUUGAUGGCCGACUUUUAUUCAUACGCCUGAAAUGUUCUAAUUCAUUUGUGAAUCUCCAUAUAGUUCCAUUUUUUUAUUUUAUUUUGCGAGAUAAUGAGAUUAAUAGAACUUACAUUCCUUUAAUUGUUACUGAAUCUACAGAUUUUAUUGCGGAAGUCAAAGCCUUUUUCAUGAGUAUUAUCGAAGUAUUACUACUUAAAAUUGCGGUUAUACCUACUAUGAGGGUAUUAAAACUAAUUUUUUGCCCAAUCUUAGUGAUAACAACAUGGGGAUUAUUGGAUUCUGUUGCACAGGGUUACUUUAAAAGAAUCGUCGGGUUUUAAAAAUGUAUAUUUCAGAAAAUAUUACAGUUAUAAAUAUCAAAUGACAAUCACCAGAAAGGAAAAAUGACCAAGUUUAAAAUGCGUACUUGUGAAUGUCGCUUUUACACGUCCAAGUAGUGUCACGACCUCAGCAUGCAAAAUGGCGACUAUGCAACUGGGAGAUAUUGAUAUUGUUCGAGUGGCCUUUCAGGUCUAUCGAUCUUAAACCGUGCAAUUUUUUCUUUGGGGGUGCAUUGAAGAUAUGGUUUAUCACCACUGCCAACAAUACUGGAUGAACUCCAAGAACGCAUUGCUACUGCUAUUAACAGUAUAGUAUCGUUUUGAUGUAUGUCGUGUGACGUGAGGAGCUCACAUCGAACAUUUCUAAUCAAAAACUUGAAUAUAUUCCCUUUCUGUAGAUGUGUGAUUACUUUGAAAUCUGUAAUAUACUUUCUGAAAUAUAUAUUUUUAAAACCCGAUUAUUCUUUUGUAGUAGACCUGUAUGUUAUUAAUCUCAAAUACGUUAAGAUAUUAAAAUGAUGUUCCAGUUGUUAAUUCAAUUUAUUAUAUACAUUAAAAUAUUAAUGGCAGAAUCUCGAGGUAUGUCAAAUGCCACUACUGAACAAGUUAGGCAACCCAAUUUACAAAACGUAGAGAUGUGGGUUGCCGAAUGGUAGGGUCUUUUCAAUUAUUAAAUCGAUUUUGCUAUCGCAAAGAAUUUUUUUGCAGUAAUUUUUUAUUUAUUACAUUAUUUUUAUUAAGCACUAAGAUGAUAAUUGUUAUUCACGGAGAAUGGUUUUUAUUAUUUUAUUUUUA